AAAGAGGAGAAAGGGGUGUCAGGACAGGGCGGCGCGGCGACACCCGAGGCCUAGUGGCGGCGGAGCGGAUUCAAGGCUGAAGCGAGCUUGAGAACGGCAAAGAUGUUAUGAACAUAAACAAUAUAGAAAUGGAUUAAAGUUCUGUAAACAAAUCCUUUCCAAUCCCAAAUUUGCAGAGCAUGGAGAAACCCUGGCUAUGAAAGGAUUAACGUUGAACUGUCUGGGAAAAAAGGAAGAAGCUUAUGAAUUGGUUCGCAGAGGUUUGAGAAAUGACUUGAAGAGUCAUGUGUGUUGGCAUGUUUAUGGCCUUCUUCAGAGGUCAGACAAGAAAUACGAUGAAGCUAUUAAGUGCUAUCGAAAUGCACUGAAAUGGGAUAAGGACAAUCUUCAGAUCUUAAGGGAUCUUUCCUUACUACAGAUUCAAAUGCGAGAUCUUGAGGGUUAUAGGGAAACAAGAUACCAGUUGCUUCAGCUUCGACCUGCACAGAGAGCAUCAUGGAUUGGUUAUGCUAUUGCUUACCAUUUACUAGAAGACUAUGAAAUGGCAGCAAAAAUUUUAGAAGAAUUUAGGAAAACACAGCAGACAUCUCCUGAUAAAGUGGAUUAUGAGUAUAGUGAACUCCUUUUGUAUCAAAAUCAAGUUCUUCGGGAAGCAGGUCUUUAUAGAGAAGCCUUGGAACAUCUUUGUACCUAUGAAAAGCAGAUUUGUGAUAAACUUGCUGUAGAAGAAACCAAAGGAGAACUUCUGUUACAGUUGUGUCGUUUGGAAGAUGCUGCUGAUGUUUAUAGAGGAUUACAAGAGAGGAAUCCUGAAAAUUGGGCCUAUUACAAAGGCUUAGAAAAAGCACUGAAGCCAGCUAAUAUGUUAGAACGGCUAAAAAUCUAUGAGGAAGCCUGGACUAAAUACCCCAGGGGACUGGUUCCAAGAAGGCUGCCAUUAAACUUUUUAUCUGGAGAGAAGUUUAAGGAGUGUUUGGAUAGAUUCCUAAGGAUGAAUUUCAGUAAGGGUUGUCCACCUGUCUUCAAUACUUUGAGGUCUUUAUACAGAGAUAAAGAGAAGGUGGCAAUUGUAGAAGAACUAGUAGUUGGUUAUGAAACCUCUCUAAAAAGUUGUCGCUUAUUUAACCCCAAUGAUGAUGGAAAGGAGGAGCCACCCACCACAUUACUUUGGGUCCAGUACUAUUUGGCGCAACAUUAUGAUAAGAUUGGUCAGCCAUCUAUUGCUCUGGAAUACAUAAAUACUGCUAUUGAAAGUACACCAACAUUGAUAGAACUCUUUCUUGUAAAAGCUAAAAUCUAUAAGCAUGCUGGGAAUAUUAAAGAAGCUGCCAGAUGGAUGGAUGAAGCUCAGGCCCUGGACACAGCAGACAGAUUUAUUAAUUCCAAGUGUGCAAAAUACAUGUUAAAAGCCAAUCUGAUUAAAGAGGCUGAAGAAAUGUGCUCCAAGUUUACAAGGGAAGGAACAUCAGCAGUAGAGAACCUGAAUGAAAUGCAGUGCAUGUGGUUCCAGACGGAGUGUGCCCAGGCAUACAAAGCAAUGAACAAAUUUGGUGAAGCACUUAAGAAAUGUCAUGAAAUUGAGAGACAUUUUAUAGAAAUCACCGAUGACCAGUUUGAUUUUCAUACAUACUGUAUGAGGAAGAUCACCCUUAGAUCAUAUGUGGACUUAUUAAAACUAGAAGAUGUACUUCGGCAGCAUCCAUUUUACUUCAAAGCAGCUAGAAUUGCUAUUGAGAUCUAUUUGAAGCUUCAUGACAACCCUCUUACAGAUGAGAAUAAAGAACACGAGGCUGAUACAGCAAACAUGUCUGACAAAGAGUUAAAGAAACUACGUAAUAAACAAAGAAGAGCACAAAAGAAAGCCCAGAUAGAAGAAGAGAAAAAAAAUGCAGAGAAAGAAAAGCAGCAGAGAAAUCAGAAAAAGAAAAAGGAUGAUGAUGAUGAGGAAAUCGGAGGCCCCAAAGAAGAACUUAUCCCAGAGAAAUUGGCCAAGGUUGAGACUCCAUUGGAAGAAGCUAUUAAGUUUUUAACACCGUUGAAGAAUUUGGUGAAGAACAAGAUAGAAACUCAUCUUUUUGCCUUUGAGAUUUACUUUAGGAAAGAAAAGUUUCUUUUGAUGCUACAAUCAGUAAAGCGGGCAUUUGCUAUUGAUUCUAGUCAUCCCUGGCUUCAUGAAUGCAUGAUUCGACUCUUUAAUUCUGUGUGUGAAAGUAAAGACUUACCUGAAACAGUUAGAACAGUAUUAAAACAAGAAAUGAAUCGUCUUUUUGGAGCAACAAAUCCAAAGAAUUUUAAUGAAACUUUUCUGAAAAGGAAUUCUGAUUCAUUGCCACACAGAUUAUCAGCUGCCAAAAUGGUAUAUUAUUUAGAUUCUUCUAGUCAGAAACGAGCAAUAGAGCUGGCAACAACACUUGAUGGAUCCCUCAACAACAGAAACCUUCAGACUUGCAUGGAGGUAUUGGAAGCCUUGUGUGAUGGUAGCCUAGGAGACUGUAAAGAAGCUGCUGAAGCUUAUAGAGCAAAUUGUCAUAAGCUUUUCCCUUAUGCUUUGGCUUUCAUGCCCCCUGGAUAUGAAGAGGAUAUGAAGAUCACAGUUAAUGGAGAUAGUUCUGCAGAAACUGAAGAACUGGCCAAUGAAAUUUGAACAUCAUUAAACAGCAAAUGGAAUGACUUUGGACCAUAUCUAGUGUAUAAUAUUUUUGUCACGCACCUGCUGCAUUGCUCUAACUUACACAGAAUGAGAGGAGUAAAUGUUCUUGCCUUCAAAUAGUCUUUUACGUUUUUUAUCCUGCUGAAAACUAUAUAUAAAAUAUCUAACAUUACAGGAUAUAGGUUCAGUUUCUUAAAAAUUAAAAGCUGCUAAAAUUGAGGGGUUUAAAAAAAAAUUCCAUAUCGUACUCCUACCUUCCCCGCCCAUGUUUUUAAACUAAUUUAUAUAAAAUCUGGAGGCUAUUACAGCUAACAUAGCAGGUGUGUGGCAGAAAUAUUACUUUAAAUUUGUCUUGUGAGAUUUUACUAUAUCUCAGACAGCAUAAAUGCUGUUUUAGCACUGGAUUCUUUCACUGAGCACAAAGAGUUGUUGGGGCUUUAGCAUCUGACUGAUUUUGUUACGGGGUUGAUUCUUGACCAUAGGAAGUAUGCAAUGUGAAUCACUAUGUACAGAGCCAUCUACAACAGACGCUUGACGUUGUAGAGACUGGGACACAUAGCUACCAAGCAGAUUAUAUGAAACCUAGAAGGUGUUCAGUACGUGUGUUGUGUUUCCAAAAUUUGCUGUACAUGAUCAGUUUGGUGUUCUUGUACCACAGUUUUUAACCGAAGGAACCAGUUGGAACAAUCUCAAUUUUAACAAAAACUUGAAGAACUAAAAUAACAAUGCAAAUCUUUAGCAUUGUUUUGGCCAAACUUGUUAAAACUGUAAUGCAAGAACCAAAUGCACUGUGAUGUGGCACCAACUAAUUAGCAAGCAUGAAUUUUUCACCUGAGAGUGAAAAAAAAAAAAAAAAAAGAAAAUCUACCAUGGCUUGAAGUUAAAGAGCAGAACUCCUGACUACCAUUCUAUGACUGAUCAAGAGACUAAUAGCUAAAAACCUCAGCAGGCCUUGUUCACGAUAUGCAGAAAAAAGUGCUGCAGUUUAGAUACCUCUGGAACUUUUCCACAGUGUCACAGGUUUGUAAUACUUGAAGCCCUUCAUUUCUAAGAAUAUAUUUCUUGCUCAGUUGUUUCAGGCAAGCCCAAGACUUUGUAAUUUUUAAAGGUCCCAAGAUUUUCAUUUCAAUAACAGACCAGCUUCUUUUUCCUGCAGUUACAAAUGUAAUUUCUUUUUUGUUGUCAAACAUAAGGUACCAAAUAUGAUGCAAUAAAUUGUUUUGAAAAACA